AUCAAAAAGGAGUGGAUAGUCCGCACAGGCACAUACGGAGUAAAAGAUUUCGAAGAUAGAGAAGGGACCAAUGAGAGGAUUUCUCUCACAAAACUCUUCUUCCCCUAGGUAGAUAGAUAGAAUCCAAAGUGUUGCGAGCGAAAUACUCCCUUUCUUCCCCUUCUUCCAUUUUUCUCCAUGGCAACCGCAGCUUCCAGUUCCAUGGCUGCGCCGGCCGCCGUGCUCAACCCAAGACCCACCGCUGCCCCCUUCAGACGCUGUGCCUUUCCCCGCCUUCGACCACCCCCAAUCUCCGUUCCUUCUUUCCACGCCUCCUUCAAACUAGCUGAACACAGGAGGUCUUCUUGUCUGCAGGUCAAAGCAUCUUCUUCACCUAAGGACACAUCAGCUGUUAUCGAUGCUGAAGAACUGUUUGCUGAUCUAAAAGAAAAGUGGGAUGCAAUUGAAAACAAGUCAACUGUACUUGCCUAUGGAGGUGGAGCAAUCUUUGCAGUUUGGCUAUCUUCAACUGUUGUGGGUGCGAUCAACUCCGUUCCUCUGCUACCCAAAGUGAUGGAGUUGGUGGGGCUCGGGUAUUCCGGGUGGUUUGUGUACCGUUACCUUCUCUUCAAGUCAAGCAGGAAAGAAUUAGCAGAAGACAUUGAACAACUGAAGAAGAAGAUAUCAGGAACUGAAUAAAUAAUGCAUAAGUUGAACCCCCAGCCAACAUCAUUUUAAAUUGAUCAUCUUUUACAUUUUGUAUAAGAAAUAGUAUUCUUGUUCAGUGUUAAUCAUGCAGAGCCAGAAAGCUUGUGUGUUUUUUAAGGUUUCAUCUUGCUGUAAUGUAGAAUCUACACACCCGUUACAAUUUCAUUACCCACUGUUAUUUUCAUAUACUUUGAAAUUCUGCAACAUUGGACAAGCACUAGAGAAUGGGAAUUCUGAAAAUUGAAACAUGAAUUAUGUCAUGUAGCAAUGAGAGUAGAAGAAAAAACACUUGUGAUU